ACAGGUUGUCACAUUGUGGGGUUAGUUUUCCUCCAGACAUGCAGCAUCAUCAGACCUCCGUGACGUGGGUGGUUUUCCUCUCUUGUAUACUGCUCUUGGGUCAAGUUCCGGCCUUUGUGCGGUGUCCAAAGCCCACACAAAUCCAUGUUGGUGGCGUUUCAAUGCAAAGGUGCUGUACCGCUCUCACCUCGUCGUCGUCGUCCUCCUCCUCUCCCCGUUCCUCCUCCUCGUCUCCUCCCUCGACCCAUCGCAAUCCCCCCUCUUUCGUCCUGCGCCGCACGUUCGGUCUCCUCACAAGCGUCGCCGCCUUCUUUCUUGCCCCUACCUCCUUCCCUCCCUCCUCCCCUUCUUCCACUUCCAUCACCACAACUUCCUCCUGGUCGGCGCAGGCGGCCGACGCCACGGACCUGCAAGAUCUGUCGGCUCCCACACCGGCGGAAAAAGAAGCAGCAAGGGUCAAGGCCAAAUUGAAACGACAACAGGAGGCCCUGAUCAUGGAGAAUGCCGCAAAAGGGGGCGGGGACGAGAAGAAUUACGGAGAUUCAUUGAAGAGGGAGAGGGAGAAGCAGCGGAUGCUGAAGAAAGAUGCGAAGCAACGUAGGCAGGACUUGUGUGAGCAGCUGGGACGGGGUUGCUAGGGAGGGAGGGAGGGAGG